AUGUCUCGUAAAUUUCACUCUCCGAAAGAAGGCGAUUGCAUUAGCUCAAAAUCCAAGGGGUCUUUUUUAUUUCUUCCGACAAAACAAAAUUCCUCCACUAGAGGAAGAAGCAAGAAGGAUGAUCCUUUUAAGCCUCUUUUAGAUGGAAAAGAACCGCUCGAGGCGGCCAAAUCUAGAUUUUCUGAUUAUCUUGAAAUCAUUAAAUCUUUAGAAAGUGAUACAGAUAGUUUAUGUUACAAAGUUAACGAAAAGGUCGUUGAGGAUUUAUGUGAUUUUGUGGAGAACACUUAUAAUGAGAAUGAAAAUCUUAAUGCGAGAAAGUUUCCUGCUUCGCGUACUCUCGGACUUCCGACAGCAUUGGACUUGUAUAGAGUCAUCUUCCCAUAUAAUUGGACCGGCACCGAUGCUACCGAGAACGCCAAGUUUUUUGAAGGUGUCUCCUAUGAACUUUCACUGAACCAACAAAAUCAUGUUGUGUCUCUUGACCCAACUCAUUGCAUUAAUUUAAAAGUAAUGAUGAAGAAUACAGUUGGAAAAUUUUUGGGCACGACGUUGCCUUGUGAUGAUAGUGAAGACGAAGAUGAAGUAUUUGAUUCUAGUAAUAACUUUGACACAAAAACAGAGAUUGUUAACGAACAAGAUCAAAACGACGAUACUAUGAAUGAGGAUGAUAGCGAUGAGGUAUUAUACAUCAAAGUAUGCAUUAUUGUCCGCGGGCAAUUUUCAUUCAUGGUAUCAAUUGUUUUUGACAUGGGAACUAAAGAUAACAUAUUAAUAUGUAUCUUCAUCAAGGAUGCGGAAGAUUCAAUUGUCUAUCCGAUCCAGGAUAUAAUUGACAUGGAUUCUUUGGCCCAAUGGUAUGAAUCCUGUUUUCGAACGAAAACCGAUGGCCUGGGAUCCUUAUUAAAACUUGUCGUUUUGAUUCAGGAUGUUGAGUGUAUCUCACCUUCGGUUUUCGAAGGCUACAUACACAUUUGCAGCGAAUAUCAGGAUAGAAUUCCCAUAAUAUUUAUCUUAGGAAUUUCGACUGGUAUUCAAGAAGUCGACGUGUUUCGUGAUAAUUAUUCGUAUUCGGUGGUACGGUUGUUAAGAAUUAGUACAUUUUAUUUAAAGUCGCAAAAAAGUCGGUUUGAUGCUUUGUUGUCAAAGUCCGACAUACUUAAGCGCUUGAUAGAUAAUAUUCAAUGCGUAAAAUUUGGAGAAAAAGUAUUUGAACUUCUCCAGGAUGCAUAUAUUGGAGUCAGAUAUUCAUUAUCAUCGUUUGUUUCAGGUUACAAGUAUGCCGUGUUGCAUCAUUUUUGUGAAAAUCCCUUGAGCAUCCUCACAACAGUCGAGCCUGAGGAAGCGCAUUCGAGAAUUGAAUUGUUGACCGAAAGUCACAUCGAAAUAAUUCGGAUGCAACUGUCAUUUAGGAAGUACGUUGAAUCUCAACUUCACCAACCGAAAGAAGUACAUAAAUUAUUAUGCGACAACGAUUAUGUUAAAACAUUGCUGCCGGUUUUCUUGCGUGCAAUGAAAAAUUAUCACCAAAAGUUUGGUGCCACGUUUGAAUUGGCAUUCUUUUCACAAGAGUGUCUGAGUUAUGAUUCGAGUCAUACAAAAAUGAGACAUGAAUUGUAUUCACUUGCGCUGAAAAAACCAGGUCUGGGGGAAAGCUGUUUCAUUCUGAAAUUAGUUGAUGAUUUAAUGAAAUUGGAAUAUAAAGAUCUCGGAAUUUUACUUCGAACAUGGAUCGACUAUCUUGAAGAUGUUUCUAAUGUUUUAGGGAUUAUGACUCAAGAAUGCCAAGAAAUUAUUGGAUUUCUUGAUCAAUUGGAAGUCAUCUAUGAGAAUGAGUCUGAAUCGCAAAAUACCGAAGUUAAAGGAAAAUAUCGAAAGCUAAAAACGGAACUUAGAAACUACAUGUUGAUUUUCUUUGAAGAAAACCUCCAGCAUUAUUCUUCCAACACUCUUUAUGAAAUAUUUUAUUAUCAAGAUCAUAGUGUUUUAGAAUCGGUAUUAACUCCAAAACCUCGACAAGCGAUACAUGCGGCACUUGGACUUCCUACAGACUACAUCAAAUGUAAUUGUUGCGAGUUAGAUGAAGAUGGCGGUGAUUGUUUAGAUCCUAGAGAACAAAUUUUAUCAACCCAUCCGGAUACUUCGAUACUAUAUAAAUUACAUUUACAAUGUGGUAAAUUAAUUAAUAUAUAUGAUUGGCUGGAAUCAUUUGAAAGUGUGAUCUCCAGAGAUAAUUUGGAAAACGGAAAAAUCGAUGAUAAAGAAGUCCGUGCAAGAUUUAUCAAAGGGUAUGAGGAACUUAAAAUUCUCGGGAUAAUUGGACCUGCGUCAAGGAAAAAAGAUCAUCUCAAAAGAGUGGCAUGGGGAACCUCGUAA